AUGGGUUGCAAUGAAUCAACUAGCGCGAAUACUUCAUUCUGGAUUAAUCUUGAUGAGACUUACUUCUGUAAGCCUCAAAUAAAAGUAAAAAAGCCGCUUUCCACCAGGCUUUGUGAGCUUUCUCGCGAAAUUAUUCACCAAAAUCUGAAAGAAGGGAUUUCAACAUCCCACUUAAAGUUUCAAAUCAAGCAUAAGCAGGCUGUCUUUGAAUCAACUCACUACGUGCCUUUAUAUGAAAUUGGCUUGACCUCUGGAGACUCUCUUUCGCUCGAAGUUACUGAAGAUUUAACUGAAAAAAUAACACUUUCCUUUAUGAUUUGUGAAAAUACCAAAAAGGUCCUCAGAGCGUCAUUACCAAGGAAUGAAAAAAUUUCGAAUUUAAGGAAAAGGUUCUGCGGGAGUGGGGAUUAUCGAAAUAAAGUCAAAAUCCUGUAUAAAGAAAUUGAGCUGGACGAUAACAACACGCUUCUUGACUAUGGAGUUGAGCAAAGCGAAAUUAUUACAGUGCUUAUUAGUGAUAAUAACAGUGGGAGGAGAGAUACAGUAGUUCCGGUGUGAAAAAUCAAAAAAUCAGGAUUGGUUUUACUCUGUCUAUAAAAUACAAAAUUAUUAUUUUAUUUUUUAAUAAUGUAUGCUAAAAAAUUAACUUAUAUUUUAAAGGAAAAUUAGAAGGAAUUUGCAUGAAUCAUGAAUGUGUUGCCUACAAACAAAGAGUGUGCAUUUGUUUGGGUAUGGGCAAGUUCGACGCAAUUUUGGAGAUGUCUGAUGGAAGAGAGCAUAAGUGUCCUGUCUGCAAUCAAGACAUUUAUAGAGCUAAUAAAUUUGGCUUUGCCAACUGCAGCUAUAUGUUUUGUGGUAUAUUAGAUGAUGACACUUCUAGAUCGGAGUGCCGAAAUUCUAAAGGAUAUAACGAAUUUCCAGAAGCCCAGCUGAACUGGAGGGAGCUGAAAUUUGAAGUUUCUCCUACGAACUCUAAUACAUGCCCUAGCAAUUAA